GAGCUGCAGGUGGAGGUUCUGGUUCUGCAGCGGUUCCUCUCCAGGACAGAACCAGAACCUCCAGCCGCAGUCCUGCAGGUGUUUCGCUUCCAGCUUCACCUGCAGCUUCCCGGCGGUGCUUACAGAGACUCCUUUGUUUCUUGCAGACAUGAUACCAAAGGCUCGUCUGGGGAAGCGUUCUCCUCUUGGGGCACUCGUGACCUCGACCUGUCCGGGGACCAACCUGGAGACUGGUGAGACUGUGGUGACGAUGGCGGCAGCGGGACAGCAAGCGACAAGCAGAGCAGACGGCCAUCUUGGAUUAAAGAUGUAUUUCCAGUGUGGAGGAGCAGGUGAGUCUUCAGUCGACAGCUCGCCUUCAUCCUGCAGCAGAUCCGUGUCCUCCAGCAUCGAUGUCCCAAAAAGUCAGAGGAGUCCUCAUGAGGUGGACAUGAACGAGCUGAUGGCAGCGAUGGUUCUCAGCAGUUUGUCCUGCAGCCCGCUGCUGCACAGCCCCGCCCAGCCUGACCUCACAGGUACCCGUGGUGGCGAACAUGAGCGCUGUUCCCGCAGUGAGGAGGAUUUUUACUACACUGAGAUCAACCAAUGGGAGCAUCCGCAGCAGCGGCCUCCUCCCCAUUCUGGACACAGCGGCUCCUCCCCCGCCUCACCGGCUUCCUCCCCGUCCUCGCCUUCCAGCCCACCAACACCGUCUCCACCGUCUCCCUCCUCUCCCUCCUGUGCCGCCCUGAGUUGCUCCGCCCCCUCGUCUUCUGGCAGCUUCUGGCAGGUCCAAUCAGAGCACUCCUACCAGGCUCCUCCUCCGAGUCAACACGUGGUGUCAGCGGCAGCAGCCACGCCAUCCUGCCGUUGGACGGCCCCGCCCACCACCUGCCACAAACAGGUAAAUCUUCAGACCACGGGAGGAAAACUCCAUGACACAGUGGCGUCUGAUUGGCCAGCUGCUGUCUCAUGUUGGCUCGAGCUGACCCUUUUGUCUCCGUGUUUUUUCAGGAGGAUUCGCGGCGAGGCCAAAAAGUGUCGUAAGGUUUACGGCAUCGAGCACAGAGACCAGUGGUGCACAGCCUGCCGCUGGAAGAAAGCCUGCCAGCGCUUCCUCGACUGAGGCGAUGGGAAGAGGCGGGACUGGGAGGAAGAACAGAGGCUGGACUUUACUGGUAGAUGUUUGUUUUUUUUAAUGUUUUUACAUCUGGAACCAGAAACGGUCCCAAACCUGUGCGAUGAACAUUUGGCAGCUCUGAAGCAGCUUUACACGUCUGCAUCACUUCCAGCUGAGCGCUCUGCGACUAAAGGAGCAUUUCACAGUUUCUGCCGCUCACAGCAGCUGCUCUCAUCUCUCUGUAAACACUUUGACUCUACUGAUCUGAAGUAACUACACUCGGAGGUCAGUUUAUUAGGAACACAGCAGCAAAUCUGCCAUCGUGGAGGUUUCAACACGCCGGAGCUGCUUCACACGUCUCCUGCUCGGCGAUGUCGACCAAAUAACAAACGGACGCCUGAAGUGAAGCAAAGGUUGAAGGUUACGUUACUGUCCAAGUCUGGUUUGGUGCUAAAAAUCCAAAUUUAAAAGAAAAGCAGCAAAUCUCAAGUUCAGCGUCUCGCUGUGAGAAGGUGAAGAGAAUAUUUACAGGCAGUUUCUUCUGUUUUUUCUUUUUUAACAAAAAUUUAAGCAAAAACUUCAGUGCUGCUUAUUUUUAAAACUUGCUGCUCCUAAUAAACUGGUGAGAGUAUGUAACAUUUGCGUGCAUAUAUACAAAUAGAAAUAUAAUGAAAGAGUUCCUCUUGGAGCGAACACCCAGCACCUAUUUUUGUUUCUUUUUGAUAUGUUGUAUAGAGAGCAGAGCUGACCGUCAGCAGCUUCUGAUCGCUGAGACGCUGAAAACACUUAAAAUGAGACUUUUCUCGAGCAGGUUCUGCAGAAACGCGGCCGCUAACGUCCCGUUUCUCAACAUCUCGUCUGGAUUAAGUCUUUUUUUUGUAAUGUUUGGAAGCUGAAGCCAUUUCCGUCUCUGUGCAGUAUUGAUCCGUUUACACAGAGUUAUAAUAUCUAUAUUUUAUAUCUGCUCUUUUCUGAGAUGUACAUACAGAUGAUGUAUUAUGGGUCCAAAUAUGACGUCAAUAAUCAGUCUCGCUGCAGCGAACACGAGACAAAGAUGUGUUGAUGUUCUGCUUGUUUAUGAAGCAAACCAGGAAGCUGAGGAGCGAAAUCGUGUCGUUUUCACCGUGAUUUCUUUUCUACAUGAUGUCAGUCCUGAUGUUGUAUUAAAUAAAUAAAGCAGAAAAAACUCUG